AUGCUUUCCUCACCCGAGUGUAUCACCUGGUUUGCUGCAUUCCUAACGGUGUCCGUUGCUGUAGUAACAGUGAACCUUCUAUCAAUCAUCAUUUUUAUAAAGAACAGAACUCUUCGCUCUCGUAGUAUGUACUUGGUUAUAAACUUGACUGUAGCUGACAUGUUGGUUGGAGGAAUUUCCAGUAACUGUUCUAAUAUUCUCUUUCUAAGAAUGGGAUGCAAAAUUUUAAGUGUAAGGUUAACUUGGAAAGGAGACAACAUAGUGUCGUUUGUUUUCUACUGGUUUCUUCUUACCUCUCUUACAAACAUAACCGUAAUUUCGUUAGAUCGGAUGCAUGCGACAUUUCGUCCAUUCCAGGAGUACCCAACGAACAUUUUUCGCAAAAUUGAUUAUACGAUGUCGUAAACGCUAGCAAAGUGCUUUUACGUCAACCCAUGUUAAUAUUUAACUUUCCUGGGAAAAAAAUACCCGCUCUUCACUGCUAGCCAGCAAGACUUUCAGAAAAUAAAAAUCCCAGCCAGCAAUCAUGUUUGACGGUUUUUUGCCAGCCAGCAAGGUUAAAAAAACAAAAAUUACGCAAUCCCAGCCAGAGUGAAACGGAAUUCGGUGUUUGCCAGCCAGCGGUAGCAGAAGUAAGUUAUGAGCCAGCCAGCAAAGUUUCAUUUAACACAUUGCCAAGAAAAACAUGUAAGUCAAUAGGCAAGAUCUGUUUUACGUCAAAUUUACAUAAUAUAAAAGAAAAGGGUGUUUAACCUGUUUCACCCUUUUAUCUAGUUGUCGGUUUUUUUUUUUUGAGAUAUAGGGAAAAGAUCAGUGUAUUUGUUUAGUAUAUAUUAUUCCCUAUCCCUAAGAAUUACAUAACAAUAACAUAACAACUAAAGACAUUCAGCGGUACUUACAGUUUUGGAAUGUGGACUUGAGGAGUAGUCUUGAGUUUUUGCCAGGUAAACGAUAAAAAGGAAGAUCCCGAACUUUGUCCAUAACACAAUAACACGUAAAAAAAGUGAUCAUCGCAAAGCCUUAAGGCCAACUUUUUCCAACGAUAAUCGACUGAGGUGAAAUAAAGUUCAAGAAUAAACAACAUAACGAGUAAGCUCGAUCCACGUGUGGUCCCCUCUGCAAAAACACCCCAAAUUCAGUGUAGACACAUGCUUAUCGCCAGCAUUGUAUGCCGUGCCUACUGUUACUCCCGCAAAAGUCUACACCAGAACUAAUAGAAAGUUUCGAGUAAACAGGCUUUCCGUUGGAAACUUCUAACCACUACGGCUGAAAACCACGAACCCACAAAGUAAGGUAACGUUUGCGGUCUUUAACUCGAGUUUCAACGUGGGAGGAUGGUUUCCUCUUUCGUCAUUUACGUAAACGCCUGACUACAAACAAGGACCUUUCUGUUGCGGUAAAAAAAAAACAAUACUGUCCAUGUUUUCAAAUACGCUAUGGCAACAGUUUACUUUUUAAAGCCAGACUGAUAACGUGUUCUUGUAGUAUUUUUUCUCCGCACUAGUAAGAGCUUGUCAUCCUGAGUUUGAUCUUACUCACUCAUUUUUUCUGUGGUCAAGAAGCCAUAAUGGUAUGUCGUCAGACAAUCACCACAAAAGUUUCGCAGCAAAAAGCCAGUAGUCGUAUGUAGUCAGUCAGGCAAUCACCGUAAAAGUUUCACACCAGAACUGGUGCAAAGUUUCGCAGCAAAAGCCAGUAGUCGUACGUGUUCAGUCAGGCAAUCACCGUAAAAGUUUCACACCAGAACUGGUGCAAAGUUUCGCAGCAAAAGCCAGUAGUCGUACGUGGUCAGUCAGGCAAUCACCGUAAAAAAUCACCGUAAAAGUUUCACACCAGAACUGGUCAGGCGUAAAGUUUCACCAGCAAAAGCCAGUAGUCGUAGUCGUGUUCAGUCAGGCAAUCACCGUAAAAGUUUCACACCAGAACUGGUGCAAAGUUUCGCAGCAAAAGCCAGUAGUCGUACGUGGUCAGUCAGGCAAUCACCGUAAAAGUUUCACACCAGAACUGGUGCAAAGUUUCGCAGUAAAAGCCAGUAGUCGUAGGUGGUCAGUCAGGCAAUCACCGUAAAAGUUUCACACCAGAACUGGUGCAAAGUUUCGCAGCAAAAGCCAGUAGUCGUACGUGGUCAGUCAGGCAAUCACCGUAAAAGUUUCACACCAGAACUGGUGCAAAGUUUCGCAGCAAAAAGCCAGUAGUCGUACGUGGUCAGUCAGGCAAUCACCGUAAAGUUUCACACCAGAACUGGUGCAAAGUUUCGCAGCAAAAAAAGCCAGUAGUCGUACGUGGUCAGUCAGGCAAUCACCGUAAAAGUUUCACACCAGAACUGGUGCAAAGUUUCGCAGCAAAAGCCAGUAGUCGUACGUGGUCAGUCAGGCAAUCACCGUAAAAGUUUCACACCAGAACUGGUGCAAAGUUUCGCAGCAAAAGCCAGUAGUCGUACGCGGUGGUCAGGCAAUCAGGCAAUCACCUGGUAAAAGUUUCACAGCAAAAGCCAGAACUGGUCAGGCAAUCACCAAAGUUUCAGAACUGGCAAAAAGCCAGUAGUCAGUAGUCGUGGUCAGUCAGGCAAUCACCGUAAAAGUUUCACACCAGAACUGGUGCAAAGUUUCGCAGCAAAAAGCCAGUAGUCGUACGUGGUCAGUCAGGCAAUCACCGUAAAAGUUUCACACCAGAACUGGUGCAAAGUUUCGCAGCAAAAGCCAGUAGUCGUAUGUGGUCAGUCAGGCAAUCACCGUAAAAGUUUCACACCAGAACUGGUGCAAAGUUUCGCAGCAAAAGCCAGUAGUCGUACGUGGUCAGUCAGGCAAUCACCGUAAAAGUUUCACACCAGAACUGGUGCAAAGUUUCGCAGCAAAAGCCAGUAGUCGUACGUGGUCAGUCAGGCAAUCACCGUAAAAGUUUCACACCAGAACUGGUGCAAAGUUUCGCAGCAAAAGCCAGUAGUCGUACGUGGUCAGUCAGGCAAUCACCGUAAAAGUUUCACACCAGAACUGGUGCAAAGUUUCGCAGCAAAAGCCAGUAGUCGUAUGUGGUCAGUCAGGCAAUCACCGUAAAAGUUUCACACCAGAACUGGUGCAAAGUUUCGCAGCAAAAGCCAGUAGUCGUACGCGGUCAGUCAGGCAAUCACCGUAAAAGUUUCACACCAGAACUGGUGCAAAGUUUCGCAGCAAAAGCCAGUAGUCGUACGUGGUCAGUCAGGCAAUCACCGUAAAAGUUUCACACCAGAACUGGUGCAAAGUUUCGCAGCAAAAGCCAGUAGUCGUACGCAGUCAGUCAGGCAAUCACCGUAAAAGUUUCACACCAGAACUGGUGCAAAGUUUCGCAGCAAAAGCCAGUAGUCUUAGGUGGUCAGUCAGGCAAUCACCGUAAAAGUUUCACACCAGAACUGGUGCAAAGUUUCGCAGCAAAAGCCAGUAGUCGUACGCAGUCAGUCAGGCAAUCACCGUAAAAGUUUCACACCAGAACUGGUGCAAAGUUUCGCAGCAAAAGCCAGUAGUCGUACGUGGUCAGUCAGACAAUCACCGUAAAAGUUUCACACCAGAACUGGUGCAAAGUUUCGCAGCAAAAGCCAAUAGUCGUAUGUAAGUCAGGAAUGUUUUGUUUUGCAGUCAGACAAUCACCUAUAAAGGCAUAUAACCUUAUGUCGUGCAUGCGAUGGUCGUGUGACAUCUAUAAGUUAUAGAAUCGAAGCGCAGUUGAAACAAAUGUAAGUAAGAUCACACCAAGGAAGGCAAGCUUAUUUUGCUUUGGGUACAGAGAGACCCACCAAAGUAAAAUAAAUGCAGCAAUACCUUUAUCAGUUUGCUUGAAGCGACCGUCAUAGUAAAUUUGCGAACAGCAACAGUACUUCAGUUUUAAUACAGCUACAGAAAAAUUCUUUUAGCUUUUGGCAAUAAGAUGAGCUUAGGCGAAACCUUCUUCGGUACGUUUAAAAAUCGAGUUGACGACGGCAAACGUGACGUAACUGCGUCCUACUGCGUAUCUCGCGCUUCGCGCUCGCGCCUCUAAACAACCCUAAGCACCUUAAUGACGCCUUUUGCGCAGGCUACGGUUGAGUUGUGAGGGCGAUUAUUUUGUAGAAAGCAAUAACUUCAUGAUAACCAGAAGAAAAUAAAAACUCCAAAGAAAAAUAUCCUGUUCUUCACGACAAAUGGUUGCAAAAAAAAAGAACAACCUAGUUGUCUAUUAAUUUGUUUAUUCAAUAGUCCAGCUUAAACCCUGCUUGCAGCAAUUUUAGGAAAAUAAGUAAAUACUGUUCACAUUUGUAAUUUUCUUUCAUUUUUGGCAAGAAAAUUGUAAACUAUUUUUAUUCUUUUUUUCUACAUUGGCCAAAGAGCCUCUCAAACGUAACCAUGGCCGGUAACGCCCGCUGUCAAAAUUGAGGUCCUACAGCCGGGAAACAUCACCAAAAAUAUGUAAUCUGAUUCACUGUGUUCGAAGAUAUGAAUAAAUUUGCUAACAGAGCUCUUACAAUUUAUACGAUAAAAAGCUUUAAGAGCAAGAAAUGCGUCAGCGUCAAAACAGAUACUGGUAUGAAAGUCAAAGAAUGAUAGCCGUUCGGGAUUUACCCCGCUAUACUACAAUUUAUUACACAGACGUUAGCAUUGAAACGCAACGGCACACUUGGAUGUUGCCUUUUUAAAAACAACAGUUACUAUAACGGACGCGAAAUACAUCAAUAUACGGGUAGUACAAAUGUAAAAUCUUCCUACCUUUUCUGAUCCUAACAGAUACCUGUGCAGUUGCUAAACGCCUUCCAAAUGACCAUAGAUCGAGGAGGUUUCCCGUCCCGGUGAGCACAUAACAAAAGAGAAAUUGGUUCCAACGGAAAUAUUCCUGAGCGCGCAAACCUGGACAACAUUGCAAACGAGCAUACCGAAUGAAAUCAGUUUUGAGUUCACUCCGCUAAGAGGCCAGAGUGUAUUAUUUAUUGGAGAGAGUUUUUGUAUUCAAUCGUCUCAAUAUUUGAUGGCAUUUAUGUGCCUUAGCGAAUGUUCUUAAUGCGAUACACAUGCACGGCAACCUGACAAAGAAACACAACCAUUUUGCUUACCUUUUGGCCGCGUUAACACCAGGUUUAAAGAAGAACGUAGGCCAGUAGCUGAUAUGUAGACAGGCAUAUUAAAACACGAACACACAAAAGUGUUUUCUAUAAAGGAUCGACAGCGAAACGACUACAAACAAAGCGGUGAGCGGUGCUUGACUCAACUGUGUCAUUUUCUCACUACGUGUAUCUUUUACAAGGUAUUCACAGCAGGACGUUUUGCUUACACACCCAAACAAAUUUCCGUUUUCACAGGCAAAAGGUGUCAUUUCCACAGCUCGCGUGGGGUGAUUUCCACGCGCACUUACUUGCUUCGCCCGCUCUAAUAUCCAUAUAAAAAAUUACAGUGCGAUUGCAAGGAGAAAAAAUAUACCUUUUUAUCCAGCCAGAACCGGCAUAAAUUUUUCAUAUUUUCAGCUAGCAAGGCGCUCAUUCAGAUUUCCCAGCCAGCUAACUAGCCAAUGUUUUUUUUUCCAGCUAGCUCAAAUUCUGCCUGACGAGCGGGUAUUUUGUCGAGCGGCUCCGUCGGGUACUCCUGCCAUUCUGGCAUCGAGUUAUCAAAAAUUGGGUCUACGGGGUAACAAUUUCUGUUGUCUGGGUAUUAGCUGCAAUGAUAUCAACUGCAAUUAGCAUGCUUCAGUUAUUCGGCAAAGAAUGGUCACACCAUCAGUAUUUCUGGCAAUCAUAUUGCUUAUUAUGUCUUUUUGUUAUCUGUGCUUGUUACGCCUCAAUUAUCGUCAAAAUCUGUUGUGGGGCGCGUCCACAGCACCAUGGUGCAGCCCGUAGGCAAAGAAAACUGACUGUAACGUUACUCAUCAUGACUAUUGUAUCGUUACUGUUGUGGCUGCCAUAUGCUGUAGCUACCUUUGUUUAUUAUACAACUGAUAGCAUUCGAUCACUUUCUCUAACAAAAAGAAUACGACUGAAUUCUUCUUUACUGCUUUUAUUUUGUACAAACUCGUUUGUUAAUCCCGUGGUUUACACAAUAAGAACGCCCGAGUCCAGGAAAGCUCUCCUGUUGUUAUUUACAUGUCGGCAAAGACAAAAUGCUGCUGCUGCUAUUCCUCUUCAUGCUCGUUAA